AUGCCGUGGGGCUUUUUUCUUUUGACAGGAUCAUCUACUUUCAAAAAAUCGCUCACCCCUGAGAUGCCGGGUUCUUCUGGGCAGCCAGGCUCACAGACGAUAAAGAAAGGGCACAGAGGAGUGGACUCCACGGGCGAGACUACCUACAAAAAGACGACAUCAUCUGCCUUGAAAGGUGCCAUUCAGCUGGGCAUUACACACACAGUUGGAAGCUUGAGCACCAAACCCGAAAGAGAUGUUCUCAUGCAAGAUUUCUACGUAGUAGAAAGUAUUUUCUUCCCAAGUGAAGGGAGUAACCUGACCCCAGCUCAUCACUACAACGACUUUCGGUUCAAAACCUAUGCUCCAGUGGCCUUUCGCUAUUUCCGGGAGCUCUUUGGGAUCCGACCGGAUGACUAUCUGUACUCGCUCUGCAGUGAGCCCCUCAUUGAACUUUCAAACUCCGGGGCCAGCGGAUCCCUCUUCUACGUAUCCAGCGACGACGAGUUUAUCAUCAAAACGGUUCGGCACAAAGAGGCUGAGUUCUUACAGAAGCUGCUGCCUGGCUACUACAUGAAUUUGAACCAGAACCCAAGGACGCUGCUGCCAAAGUUUUACGGCUUGUACUGUGUCCAGGCCGGAGGCAAAAACAUUCGUAUUGUCGUGAUGAACAACCUACUGCCACGCUCUGUCAAAAUGCACCUGAAAUAUGACCUGAAGGGCUCCACCUACAAACGCCGAGCAUCCCAGAAGGAGCGGGAGAAGGUCUUCCCAACAUACAAGGACUUGGAUUUCAUGCAGGACAUCCCUGAUGGCCUCUUCUUAGACUCCGACAUGUAUAACGCUCUGUGCAAGACGUUACAGAGAGACUGUUUGGUCCUGCAGAGCUUUAAAAUCAUGGAUUACAGUUUGCUCGUUGCAAUCCAUAACAUCGACCUGGCGCAGAGAGAGCACGCGAUGGCAGACGGGACGUCCCAGACCGAUAUGCGGCGACCCGCUGCCCAGAAGGCCCUCUACUCGACAGCCAUGGAAUCCAUCCAAGGAGAGGCCCGGCGAGGUGGCACCAUAGAAACGGAUGACCAGAUGGGAGGCAUUCCAGCCCGCAACGCGAAGGGGGAGAGGCUGCUGCUGUACAUCGGCAUCAUCGAUGUGUUGCAGUCCUACAGAUUCGUCAAGAAGCUGGAGCACUCUUGGAAGGCCCUUGUACACGAUGGGGACACUGUAUCUGUGCACAGACCCAGCUUCUAUGCUGAAAGGUUCCAACGGUUCAUGUGCAACACAGCGUUCAAGAAAAUACCACUAAAGCCAUCCCCUUCUAAGAAGAGCCGGUCUGGCACAGCAGUUCCUCGGCGGAGCUGUCAAGGAGGAGUGCCUUCCCAGUCACACAUGUCGUGCGAGACAAAAGCACAAGUAACGACAGAGGCAGAUAUAGAGCAAGGUUCCCACCUUGGUCGCCCAGAUCUCCUGCCCAGGACCCUGCCAGUAGACGAAGCUAACAGCGAUUCCAUCGCAACGACCCUGUCCACUUCUUCCUUGGGCAGCGGAGGCCUCAACUCACCCGCAAACAGGUCAGUGGGCGUACAAGUGCAUAAAGCUGACAGCUCAGCAAAGGAUUUGCCUAGAACAGCUCCUGGCACCUUCCUGCCUAGCGGCUCCCCAGGGCCUUCCAUACCUGAGCGCUCAGCAGAGCUGAGAGAGCAGCUCGAAGACCUGCAAGAGACGGAGAUCAGCUUUCCGCUCCUGGCUGCCGGCGCCGCCUCCGUUUUCAGUCUUGCAUUGCCCCGAGACCACGGCGAGGAGAGCUGCUACCGUACAGGCCCCGGUGCUCCCGGCGGCUUGAAACCGAAAUUCCUACCGAAGUGGCUGCCUGGUGUUGGGCCGGACUUCUGCCUCCUCAAAAGGGGCUGGUGGAGCGCGAGGACGGUCGCCGUUCACAGACUGUUUGGUUCUCAAGGGCUCUCAAACCUCUCCACGCCGAUUGACGUCGCGACGAGACCCGUGAGCGGGAGGAAGAUCGGCUCAGGGCCGCCCGCGCCGUCUCUGCUGGAUCUUCCCGUCCCCCUCCCCGUCCCCGGCUCCCUCCAGCAGGUUCCACUUUAUAGCCGAACGCGGGGAGGGGACUCCGCUUCUCACGGGAGGAGCCGUGACCUCCGGAUCGACGCCGGGAUGGAGCGAUGGGCCGGAGCGCGGAUGGAAGUCUCCUGUCCUCCAUCGCCGUUGCCGGGGCGGGACGGAGCCGUCCCUGCGUGCCCCCCGCCCGGGGAGCGCCUCGCGCCCUGCGUCGCCCUUGUCCUUUCGGCUGUGUAA